AGAUAGGGAAAACAACGAGGUGUUUCAUGACUGGAGUUUAACGGCUUGGUUUGCGUGUUUUCUCAGGAUCUUCGAGUUCGGUUCUGAUAUGGGCAGUAAAGCUUUACCGGCGCCGAUCCCGGUGCACCCGGCGCUGCAGCUCAACUACUCGCUCCUGCAGACGCUCAACACGUUCCCCGCCGCCGUGGAUCAUCUGUACGGCCUGAGCUCGCUCCAAACCAUGCAGAUGAACCACUGGACUCUGGGCUACCCGCCCGUUCAGGGCCUCGUGGACCCGCGCUUCCCGUUCACCGCGGCUCUUCCGUUCGCCGCGCACCUCUUCCACCCCAAACACGGGUCCGUGACGCGCGUCGCUCCCGCGCUGCACAAGGAGAGACCCAGGUUUGACUUCGCGAACCUCGCGGUGGCGGCCACGCAGCAGGAUCCGCCCAAACCGGGCGAGCUGUCCAAACUGAGCGCGGAGCUGGCCAAACUGUCCCCGGACCGAAAGCCCGCGCGCGGCAGACUGCCGUCCAAAAGCAAAAAGGAAUUUAUUUGUAAGUUUUGCGGGAGACACUUCACCAAAUCCUACAAUCUACUGAUCCACGAGCGCACGCACACCGACGAGCGACCGUACACCUGCGACAUCUGCCACAAGGCCUUCAGGAGACAAGACCACCUGCGAGACCACAGAUAUAUUCACUCCAAGGAGAAACCCUUCAAAUGUCAGGAGUGCGGGAAGGGAUUUUGUCAGUCACGAACUUUGGCGGUUCAUAAAACCUUGCACUUGCAGGAAUCUCCUCACAAAUGCCCCACAUGCGGAAGAACCUUUAAUCAAAGAAGUAACCUGAAAACUCACCUUCUCACCCAUACAGACCUCAAGCCCUUCUCCUGCGGCCGCUGCGGGAAGCUGUUUCGGCGCAACUGCGACCUGCGACGCCACAGUUUGACACACAGCCCACAGCAGGACUACUAACUAGUGAACUAACGAGUGCUCUCGACACUCUGUUCAGGCGGACUCAUGUUUGAUGGACUCGCUUGCACCCAAACAGACUCUGUGAACUCAUGUAAAUAAAGUUUUUAUUGUUAUUUUUAUUAUCACCUGCAUCUGAACUCAACGCGUUUCGAUCUGUGUUCACAUCUGGGAGAAUUCAUCGUGUAAAUAAAGCGGCUGAUCUCCUCACACGAGCACAGGAUUAAUCCACUAUAUUUGAGUCAAAGACAAUAAAAUAUGAUUGAGAAGAGACGGACACAAUUCUGCUUUAAUAAAAGAGCUAUCUUUUUUCAAACGGCGACUGGACUUUUGUGUAAAAAAAACAAACUUCAAAUGUUCCCCUUUUUACAUUUUGUAAUAAUAAUCUUUUAUUUUAUUAGAAUUAAAUGUCCCGACAUGGUUAUAUAAUUUUAAUAAUUAUAUAUAUAUAUAUAUAUAUAUAU